AUGAAGAAGGCAGUGAUUUUUCUUUUCAGGUUGGUAUAUUUUUAUUUGUCAAAUCUUCCACCUUCUUCUUCUUCUUCUUCUUCUUCUUCUUCUUCUUCUUCUUCUACUACUACUACUACUACCAUUAUUAUUAUUAUUAAGAGGAAAGGAGAAAGACUGCACUCUCAUCGCAGUAGUGGUGAUGGUCCAAAACAAAAUCUCCUUCCAUCCUCUUCGACUAAAGAAUUUGGUCACGUUUCUUCUUCUUCUUAUCUAUCUAUCUAUCUAUCUAUCUAUCUAUCUAUCUAUCUAUCUAAAAAACUGUCUGUUAACAUCUAUCUAUCUAUCUAUCUAUCUAUCUAUCUAUCUAUCUAUCUAUCUAUCUAUCUAUCUAUCUAUCCCAGUCUGUUCAUAUCUAUCUAUCUAUCUAUCUAUCUUCAAUCUCUUAAAAUCUAUUUAAAAAAUUCAUCUAUCUAUCUAUCUAUCUAUCUAUCUAUCUAUCUAUUUGAUCUAUCUAUCCCAGUCGGUUCAUAUCUAUCUAUUGAUCUAUCUAUCUAUCUAUCUAUCUAUCUAUCUAUCUAUCUAUCUAUCUCAAUUUAUCUAUCGCAAUUUUUUUAUCUAUCUAUCUAUCUAUCUAUCUAUCUAUCUAUCUAUCUCUGUUUUUUCUAUCUAUUUUCUUCCCUCUCUAUCUGUCUAUUCAUCACUCUUUCUCCCACUAAAUGUUUCUAUUAA